AUGGCUCCUCAAUCUUCUUCCCAAGGUUCGCGUAGCAGCAUCAAGAGUCGUGGGAGAAGGAGGACGUGCAUUUGUGGAGAGAGACCAGUAUUGCAGACAUCAUCUACAGCAGAGAACCCAGGAAGAAGAUUUUGGGGAUGCAUCAACUAUCAGAUAGGAGAAGAAUGCAAUUAUUUUGUUUGGGCGGAGCCUGAAGAGCAAGACCCACAAAUUCAAAGACUGAAGAAUAAAGCAAGUGUGUUGAAACAAGAACUGCAGAAAGGCGAAAAGAAAUUUGCAUUGGCACUUACUGUUGAAAUUUUUGGAUGGACAACGGCUGGACUGCUGCUAUAUGAUCGAUUUAAUUAA